UUACCGUAAGCCCUAAGAAGACUUGUGUGGGUGGGUUGGGAAGGAAGAAAUUGUGAAAUAUUAAACCUGCCUAAUAUUUUUUUAGUUUUAUCAUAAAGCUUGGUGAGUAAACCUACUAAACUGGAAUUAUGGAGUCAAGUUUUGUUGUCUGGUAUAUUUUUUUCUUGGCCAGUGUUUAUACUUCAGCAUUGGAUGCUGGUGUGGACAGUGACCAUUCGUCUAAAACAUCAGCCUGCCCAGAAAUCCCCAUAGUAGAAAAUGCAGAUGUUUCCACUACUUCCUUGAAAAGCAAUUAUACCAAGGGUGAUUUAUUGAUAUAUAGUUGCCAACAGGGAUACACAGGAAGAGUAACUUUUGUUUGCGAUGGACAAAAAUGGCGAAAUGCUCGAAAUACUAAAUGUUCACGUAAACGAUGUCAGCUUCCUGAAGAUAUACCAAAUGGCCGAUUUGUGGUAAUAAAUGGCACUGAAUUUGUUUAUGAAACCACUAUUAAAUACACAUGCAAAACAGGUUAUCGAAUGGUGAGUCUCACGGACACCAGAACAUGCUUGGCUGAAGGGUGGAGCAACCACUUGCCUCAUUGUGAAGAAAUCAUAUGUUCUCCACCAGUAGCUAAGGAUAACCUUAUUGUGGAUGGACUUCCUGAUUAUGAUGAUAACCCACUAAAAUAUGGACAUCAGCUUAAAUUCACUUGUAAUUCUGUGGAACUUAAAUUAGUUGGAACAAACGAGAUAACAUGUGGUGAAAAUGGAGAAUGGAGUCAUCCAUUCCCUAAAUGUGAAGAAAUCAUUUGUGAGCUUGAAGCGAUUCAUGGAGUGUCCGUCUUUGGCGUUCCACAAAACAAUGCACCUAUCAAAUUUGGACAUAAGUUAUUUUUCCACUGCUCUCAGCCAGGUAUGGUUCUAAUUGGAAGACCAGAAGUCACCUGCUCAGCUGAAGGGAAAUGGAGCAACUCAUUUCCCCUUUGUGAAGUGCGCAAGGGUUGUGGCCCUCCACCAUAUGUUGAAUUUGCAGGUUUAGUUGCUUUGAAGAAAACAUUCUAUAACUCCGAAGAAAGAGUUGAAUAUCAUUGCCAAAGGUUGUAUACUUUAGAUGGAGAUAAUAACUUCAUGACCUGUGUACAAGGAAAAUGGACUGGAUCAGUGAGAUGUUUAAAACCCUGCAUUGUGACCAUAGAUGACAUGGAUAACAAUAAAAUAAUCCUACUUAAAGGGCCACAAAGAAUAAUGUACGCGCCACAUAAGGAUCACAUUACCUUUAAAUGCCCAGAUGGAAGAUACCCAACCAGAAAGGACGUGGCUUUCCGUCAGCAGUGCAUUAAUGGAGUAAUGUACUUGCCAUCUUGUUAUUAAAGUAGAACAGGUUAUAGGUUAACUAUGAGUGAAGAAGUAUACACAUAUACAAUAUUCAUAUUAGUGUCACUUAUAUAAAGUAUGUAUGAAGUCAAACAGGUAAAAUAAAAAGAAAAAUUGCUGUAAAUGUUAGAAAUGGUGUAGGCUGUUGAGAGGGAAAUGGAAUUGCUAUGAAGCUGUAGUCACGUGACCUUUUGUGACAAAGUACAAAUUUAAUUGCUUACAAAUGUCAAAAAUAUACCUCAAUAAACACUACAUUU